AGGCGUCUUGCACUCUCUCUCUCUCGCUCCCUCUCUCUCUCUCUUUAUCUCUCUCCCCCUCUCUUUCUCUCCACUUGACUUUAAUUCGGUCUAGUACCUACGCGUCAUCCUCACGGACUCGCCUCCACGCAUUGUGGGCUUAUGCUUUUUUUUCUCUCUAAACAAGAAAAAAAAAAUCAAAUACAAACAAGCGAAACAAAACAAAAGCUUGCAUUAGAAGCGCCUUUAAAAUCCCCAUGCCACCUUGUGAUUUUUUUUUUUUUUUGAGGGAGAGCGAGGAGGGAGGGUGGGAGUGAGGGAGGUGGGGGUACUUUGGUCUUUUUUUUUAAGAGAGAGAGGGAAGCGGAGGGAGAAUUUGUUUGAGCACACGCUGUCAGGAUGAGCUGAUGUGAGCGCUGCAUCAAGUGCGCGGACGGUGAUGCUCCCGUAUAAAACACCGCGCUGUAUUUUGGCACAGAGGGAGGAUGCAUCAGUUUAACCCUCGGCUCUGCCCUCCGGACUCGCCCAUCCAGUAAUCCAGCCCUCAGAUAAGUUGAAGAGGGCAUGUGUGAUCCCAUUGCGAGGAAUCCUGCCGCACGAUAAUUCCUGAGGAUCUCUCCCUCUCCCUCUCUGUUCGCUUUCUUUUUUCUUUUUUUUUUUUUUUCUUCAACUUCGAUGGCUUGAGUGAGUGAGUGGCCCAUUUGCACUCAUGCUCGCAGCCGAGGAGGGAUGUAAAGGUACGGGCCAUCCACCGCCCUCACAUUGCACGGAGUAGCGGCGUGAUUCAGGUCGCUAUCUGAGUGCCAGUCAGCCAAAAGAAAACUACUUUCGAGAUGUGAGAUUAUCGAGAUUUGCUACUCAUUCCGCCGGCUCGCCUGUCCUAUGCUAUCGACAACGGGAUUUCAAGAGGAAAAUGAUUGUGGCAUAAACUAUUUCUGGAGACGCUUGUCACAGAUAUCGCCGCUGAACUGGACAGGGUGGAUGGUUAUUUCCCAAACUGUUCAAGCAUAUGUAUACUGCAUUCAUUUGUUGGAAACGCUGCCUAGUAUCUUCGAGAACAGCUCAAGAGGAAUGCUGGUCCAAGAUCUAAUGCCAUUUACUUUAAGUUUUUGGCCUUUUUUCUUCGGUCAUUGCCUUCUCUCACUGUUUUUACUCUCGUGCCAGGUAAGGAUCAUGUUCAUGCGCGCCAAAUGUCAAAUUACGCAUGAGAAGGAAAAUGUAACCAGAGUUUGAUUUACUAAGGAACAAGAGAUGAGAUGCAUGUGUCUAAUUUAGCUUGAAGUUACUUGUGUCCUUACUUAAAUGCAUUUGAAAACUAGAAGACUGCAUGUGUGUUUACACCAGGACACACCUGUGUUUAGGGAGUCCUGACAGGCAUGCAUGUGCAGGGUUUCCAUGAGAAAUGUAGCUCUGCACACACACAUAGACUCUCAGCUCCCUUGUAGUGGGAACAUGGAGUGGCCAACUGUGUUUUCAUGAUAACAAUAUUCAGUUAUCCCUCCAGGAUCCCUGCAGCAGGCAUAUGUUAGUGAUGAGUAUUCUAACCUCUGGCCCGCGCUGCUGCCUACAGAUAGUGGUGAGCUGUUGUUCACACGCACACAGUGUUGCCAGGGUUCAUGUGUAAUGUGAUCUGCUCGAGUUUCCAAGUCCACCCACGCACACUCCUCGGGGCAGCCUGCUGCCCACUCUGUUGGUGGGUGGUUUCUUACAGGGAGCGGGCUGCAGCCAUAGACGUGAUACUAUUCUGCAUGUACUACAUACACACACACAGAAGCCCCAGUGACAACAACACAGGAGAUCUGCUGAGAGGAUAUCCACACUGAGAGGCUUCUGAGUGUUCCAGCAUCUCCAUUUGUGCUGCACAGUGUUGAUGCCGAUGGUACUUGUGAGUAAUGCGCUGAAGGACAGAGCCUCAGUCAUUUCAAUGUCUCCCUCUUUCUCUUUUUCUCUCUCCCUCACCAUAAGGGAGAACUCCAGAGGUCAUGCUCACGGACUGUGGCGGAGAAAGUUAGUGAACAGUGCCAGCUGGCAUGCCACUGUAGAAGAUACCCUCCUCUCCCUCCUCCUCCACCUCCACCACCUCCCCCACGGCUUCUGGGCACCACAGGUAAGUCUCCCCAGCUCCUGCUCCUCCUGAUUUCACACCUGUCUCCCCGCAGGUCCACCUGUCUCCCUUCCAGUCAUCUCUCGCCAGACGCAGGUGUCAGGUAACUGGCUAGUCUAAGGGCACUAUUUUGACAUGAAGUGUUUCCCUUUUUAUGCUCCAAAGAAAAAUCUUCCAUCCACCCCUCCUCCUUACAUAUGACUGUGUAAGUGCCCGUGCAUGGGCUCAGUUUUGCUCGUGCGUGUCCUCUGCGUGUGUGAUAGAGCCAGCAGGAUGUUGACAGCUGAACACAGGACUAAUUUAUGCCGGGUCUGACCUUGGGGAGUACCCAGCUGCCUGUGAAAUCCAUGCCUGCUGGGCUGCCAAGCUCAGUGGUUCAGUGGUAGGGUUUCCCCCGGAGGACCCCUGAUUAAAACACAGAUGAGUUAAUUAAAUUAGCUUUAAUUUGAUAGAGAUAAGGGGCUAAUGAAGCAGCACAGUAGUUCCAGCUUUUCGUUUUGAAGUUGAGCUGGAGGCGGCCAGGGUGUAUGCUAGUGUUUUGUGCUUGCACACAACAAGCACUUAUACCUGUGUGGGUCCUCUCUGUGAUUGGUCCCACUCUUAGAUGUUAAUCCUGUGACAGAUAGGCCAGUGUAUCACCCUCGGCUGCUUCCUGAAAGUUGGUAUGAUUUGUAUGUAGUCUCUGGAGCACUUUAAUGAACAUUGCACUGAAAUAUGGGACAGGCGAUGCUGAUGAUGCAGCCUUUUUGAGCUAUUACUGGGACUUUUAAAAAUCGCUCACUCUCUUCCCUUUUAUAUUACAAGCAAAGAGAAGCACUUAAUCUCUCAAGUCUCCAUAGACAGCACGUUUUAAUCAAUCAGAUUUAGUGAUUUUUUUUUCCAGUCUGGUCAAUGUAGAAGGACCUCUUUUUUUUCUUCCUGACGCACUUGCAAGAGUUAUAGACCCCUCUGUGAAUGUUGGUCACUGCUGUAAUGCUGCCACAACCAUCUGCCUGUAAGCUAAGGUGGGGGGUUUGACACCCAAUUACAGCUGACACAUGAGUGGAGCUCGAAAGGCUGCAUCUACAGUGUUUGAUGCCUCCAUCAACAGCAGUGAUAAAUGUGAUAAGCGGGCCAAUUUUUAGUCCCUUUCAGCCUUACAUAGAAAUGUUAGCAGAGGGUGGAGACAUCAUGAAUAAAUCACUUAAAAGGAGAUAUUUCCCCUCAAUUCUCUAUUUAAUCUAUACAGAUGCAUAAUUAUCUUGAUGUUCCCUCAGUAGCCCAAUUUGCAAAACGGUUAAAGCUGAAAGUUUGCUUUAAUCAGAAGUCUUUAAAUAUGCAAUGAUUAUGCAUAGCUAACAUGCAAAACUGGGACAAUGACUGAGACUUUAUCCAUGCUCUAAAAGUCUUUUGAGAAAAGAGGAAAAAUUGGCACUGUAAGUAAGUCUCUGAGAGCUAAAAACGGUGUCUCAAGUCUUUCAAAGGAGCGUGGCUUUAUCUUAAAGAAGUAGAUCCUUACCACUGACUGAAUUAAAUCCUACAGCCGUUGACAAAACGCAGGAUAUAAAUGGAAGUUUGGCUGAGAGAAGCUUUUAGAUUCAUAGUGACUUAUGACGUGGUGUGCUGUGCCAGGGAGAGCCGAGCCUGGUUUUUCUCUGUGUAGAAAUGUGCUGUGUUGGAAAAUAGUCCACAGCAUUACUAAGGAGUAUUCGUUGCUAUGGUGUAAACCCUUCCACUCAUUCAUAACAAAAUAUCUGCAAGUUCAAGAGCUACAAGUUUGUUGUUGUAUAUACAGUGCAGAGUCUCUGGAGCAUAAAGCUGGAACAAACCAGCACACAUAGAUAGAUUGAUAUGCACAUGACUAAACUGAUUUAUUGAUGGUGGAAGUACAUUAAAUGCUGCAGAAAGAGGGGAGGAAAAGUUAUGCGUUAUAGACGCAGAGUUGCUGAUGCACAUAAUGUUAUUCAAUGUUAUUCCUGGUGAGUGGUCUUACUCCAUGGAUCUAAUGUGGAAAGAGCAGGAGGUUCCUGCAACGGUAAUUGGUGUGGACAAGAGUGCUGGUGUAGGGAAGUCUGACGGGACCUUAAAUGAUUCAUGGUGUCGGGUUGGAUGUCUUUGAACGUUGAACCUAAGACCUACAGAACAGGCGAGGACACAGCGUCUUCCCGAGUCAAAGAGUGGGGGAGAAAAUCCCUGCUCUGUUUUGUGUUGUAUAAUGUGAUCACUAUAGAUCUGAUAAUGAGACUCCAGUCAGUGUUGUGUCCAAAGCACUGUAAUCACAGUAAAUGUUUUAUUGAUUUGCACCGAUUCUGUUAAGCAUGUUCCAUUUAUCUCCUCCUUUUCCCCCAAACUUUCUCCUCCUUCUCUCUCCUUUUCCUCUUUCAUGAAGUGGCAGAGCCUAUAGUGCCCUCAUUGAGGCCCUGGUGGAUGGAAAUGGACAUUAUAGUGCUUGGAACAGUGGGCUGUGCCUCAGUGGUCUUCCUCCUCUCAGCCAUCAUCAUCUGCUACAAGGCCAUCAAGAGGUUGGAUGUCAUUUUUUGUCUUUGUUUUCUGUCCUUGCAGCAUUUAAGUUAGCUCCCGACCAAUCUCUCUCAUACUGUUAAGUGAUGACCAUUUAAAAAAGAGACAGUAGCAGGCAGGCUACUCAACACACCAUGUGUAAUUUGACUCAUGGGAGACUGUAUUUUCAUGUGUAAGCGGCGCAGGAGGCUACGAUGACCCUGUCAUCAGCCUGACGGGUCACUCUGAGGUCAGAGGUUAAAUACUGGAAAGGGUUGUAAAUGUCACAGAGGAAGAUCCAAUACACUGAGUCACCUAGAAACAUAUUAUAAUCUUAAUUAAUUUACCUAGGUGUGUGUUGACCUCGACACUGUGCUGUUUUUAAUUUGCUCAAGUGUGUAAAGCUUCCUCGAAUGGCAGCUGGUUUCAUGAAAGUGAAAGCAGAGAGGCGAGCAGAGGAAUCCCAAGAUGCUGCGUUUGCAGCGGGAACCGUUUUUUCCCCCAUUUGGUUUAUGGGAGAAAAAGGCUGCAUGAGGUUUUAGCCUGCAGCACAUCCCAGACCCAAUUCUCUGUAUGACAUUAAGGCAGCAAUGUGUCACACAUGCACUCUGACAUCACUAUUAAUGUUCAUAGACAUUUAGCAAUCACACACACACACACACACACGCGCGCACACAUAUAUCCACACCGUGCAAAGCAAUGCACAUGCACAGAGAGCCAUGCAGAGAAUACUCAUGUGCACCCAUCCAUAAACACACAACAUCUUCACAUACAUGGAUACAUCACCCUGACAUAUUUACACACUCUAUAAAAUAUGGCAUAAACAUUGACUCUCACACAGCCAUGUGAGAGCAGCCUCAGACUCAGGCGUGUGCUAAAUUAGAGAGAUAUUUCUGUUUUAUUUAUGUGCAUUUGAACUGAUUCAGUAUCAUACCUUCAUAUUUUUAUGGGACUAUAUUAAGCCUGCCUGUCAUGGCUCUCCUCAGCAGAACUCUAUUUCUCCUUUCUUUAAACAACAAAUAGGCAAAGUCAGGCAGCGGAAGUAAUGGGUGGUUGGCUCAGGAAUUCAUUAUGGCAAUUCUCCAGCCCCCCGUGUAGCCAAGGGGCACCUUUUUUAAUGCAGCAGUGGUAGGAAAGUGUUGUUGCAAUACAGGCUCUAGCCCCAAACCCAAGUCAUUAUUUAUGAAUUAAUUUGCGCAGUCAUUCAGUCGCAGGCCACAUCUUUUAUACAUGUGAGCGGGUCGUGUCCUGAAGCUCUGUGGGCUCUAGACUGCAGACUUUGUGCCACACCAAGCUGCCCUUCGCUCUGAAUGGGGGGGGGGGGACAUACAGGUCCAGCCAGACAAGCCUUGUUAGACUAUCAUUAGUCAGCAGCCAAUAGGAGAGCGGUCCGGGGAAGAUGUGGUUCUCUUAACGUUUGUCAUGGAUGCUCUAAUCAUCCAUCGCUCCUGAGAGAGAGGAAGGAAACAGCACACCUUAAAAGGACAAAGAAAUGUUGUUUAGCAAAGCAAGUAACGGCAGUAAUUGAGCCUCUUAGUCAAUAACAAUGCGAGAGAAGGUUUGUCAGUGAAAAACACAGCUAGUUAUAUAUAGCCCUUCCAGCCCAUCAGUGCUCCGGGCUUUCCCAAUGAAAAUCAGCUGGACGGGGGCCAAGGCCUGAGCGCCACAGACAGCAGAAGAGCUAACGCUGCGGGUCCCAGCCCUCCUGGCCUUUUGUUAUUUUUUAUAAUCUUUUUCUGCCAGUCAUCUGUCAGUAGCAAAGGGGCUAAAAGAAGAAAAAACACUUGCAUACAGUUCUAUUCAGAGUCCACAGCACCAGGGAGGCUGGUGUGUGCAAGCAGAGAGGAGAGGAUUCAGGCACACGCUGCGUUUCAGUGUUGCUGUGCCAUCCGAAGCAAAAGACAUGAUGCUGCAGUCCGGGCUGUCAGCCAUCCAAGGAGCCAAAACAAACAAAACUCAGACCAACUGACUAAUGAAGCUAGAUGCUUCACCCAAUCACUUAGCGCUCGGGGAGGCUUGUCUAAAGACGGAUAAUACAUCACAGCUGGUCCUGUCUUGUCCAAGGGCAAUGCUGUAUAUCCAAAUCCCAACUAGGGUGACAAUAAAAAGGAAAUACUUGUCAUGAAAAACGGUUUGAAAUCCAAUAUUUAUUAAUACAUUAUUAAUCUCAUCUGCUUGACUUCCAAAACGACUACAUCAGCACCAUCAAAACUGGUGACAGCUUUUUACAGUCUGUUUUGUAAUGCUUUGUCUUUGAACCAUAGCAUAUUACUCUAAUAUCCAGAUGGCUGGAGUAAUUGUAAACAGCUCGACACAUGUCCCAAUUUCACCGUGAUCCAUUCCCCAAACUUCAAACAGGGGUGUGUGCUGUGAUUGCACAGCUUUGAUAUGAAAUAUUCAUCUAACCUGUGAAGUGUUGUGUUGCCACCUGCCAUGUGUCAACAGCAUGGCAUCUAUUAUUGAAGGCCUGGGUCGAGGUUGGUUUGGGGCCCUGGUGUUUUGCCCUGUGUUGUGGCCUGAAGUGACAUGGUCAGCCAGAGGAAAGAUUACAACCUGGGUGAAAGAGGCAUGGCCAAAGCACCAUGCAGAAGGAUACAGAUCACAAACAGCAAACAGAUUUUUAAUGCAUAACAGAUGAAAAAGUGACCGGUCAAAUAUACUCAAAAUAAAUCAUUAGUCGGCUUCUCGGAUGUUGCAUAACGAACAUCUAACUCACUGACCCUAUAUUCCAAGUAGAAGAAUUCCCAGACUGGCUGUAAACAAUGCUGUCUGUCCCUCUGAGAAAACUGGUAUAUCCCAGCUCCCCUUGCUGCAGUCACAAAGGCCAAUCAUCUCCCCCUGCAGCAGAAUGUGUUCCCACCCUGAGGCUGGACAGUUUCCUUUUUUAGGCUUCCCCGGGUUCCCAUGGGGACACAGUAAGCAGCAUCUGUCCUACAUGGCCAGCAUGGAUCCCUGGUGUCCCCGCCAUACCGGCUCUACCAGCUGACAGAGUCCCACUGGAAGUCUGAGUCACUGUCUUAGUCAUGUGUUUUGUUUGAAACUUAGCUUGUUGGCUGUCUUCACUUCACACAACAGCCACAACCAACCACAACUUCACAUUAAAAACAAUAUGCAAAGAAGCAUUUUAGAAUCAUUUUUGCUCAUAAGAUGUACAUGAAGCACCAAGAUACCACAAAAAUCUUAACCAACAUCCCUUGCAAACAUACUUACAUUGGCAGUGCCGGCUAAAUGUGUCAGCAGUCCUACAUACACUAGUAAGUCACAGCAGAGACUUGUGGUAGUGUAGUCAUUAAUUUGCAGGCUAAUCUUCAUAAACCCAACUAAGAUUUUUGCAUUAUCACGGUGCUAAAAGUUUCUGAGAAGAUCCUAGCUGGCUAUGAAUCCAGGUAGACUCAACACUGAUGCCUUUAUGCAUGUCCUCAAAAAGGCAAAAGACACCAGAGUUAUUCUUCGUAUCUGAAAGCACUGCUACCCAGAUGAUGACAAUAUGACUAACAGCACGCUCUAGAGACAACAUGGCUUUUUUUUCCACAACGGAGGUUGACACUAUGAAUGAUAUUCAACAGAUAAAAGAUAGCAGGAUGAGUUUUUUCUUUGCAAACACUAUAUACACAUGUACAGGACAUAGUAAGCUAAUGUAAGACGUGGCACUUUUUCUACAAUGGGCACCAAAAUGUUCAAAAAUGGAAAGUUGAAAUGAGACAGCAAGAGACAACUAGAUAUUUUAAUGAAGUCGUCUCUGUGUUAAGUAAAUCAGUUGUCAGUCACAAAUUUCUCAGAAGAGGGUUUGAAGAAAUUUUGCUGAAAUGAGAAUUUUGGGAAGCUGAUGGCUUAUUGGUUGAAACGCUCCAUGUUUAGAGGCUAUAGUCCUUGUUGCAGUGGUGGCUGGUUUAAUUUUCGGCCACAACUUUUUGCUUCCUGUCUUCUCCUACUCUCUACUUCCUACUUUUGCUGUCUCCCUUCGGCUGACCUGUACAAUAGAGGCAAAAAUGCCAGAAAAAAUAAAACAAUAAAAAUUUAAAAAACAAAUCUCAAACUUCAAUAUCACCAGGGAGUGGAUCCUCUGGGGACCAUAAAUGUCAUGGAAAUCUCUCAGAUAGAUAUAUUCUGAGGAAUUUUGUGAAAUACCAUCCUAACAGCUCUGUUGCGAGCAAAAGCUAAAAAAUCACAGCGCAGACAUGCUGGGUUUAUUAUUCAGACCUGAUUGAAAGGAAACCCUCAACAAACCUUUAAAGAUGCUUUGAUGUGUUUCCUGGUGUGUUUUUGAGCUAAGCUGAGCAGGAUUUCUGCGGAGCUCUGAUGAAUUCAGGAGGCGGAGGGGCAGAGGUGGCUCGCUGCGAUGAAAUGACAGCUGAAAAACAGCCGAGACAGGAACAGUUUAUAAACCUGACAGCAACAAGAUGCUUGUUUAACAGGUGUGGAGAAAUCAGAUUGGCUUAAGCGUAAAGCCGCAGCGAAAAGGAGACAGCUGACAGAGUGGGUUUACGGCAAGGAGGAAAUGAGCAGAUGCGUGAAAAGCAAUUAGCAAUUGAACAUUUACAUCUGACCUACUGAUACAUACUCUUUCCAACAAUGUUAAAUGAGAAAAAAAUCAUAUCACAAAACACACACGCACACACACACACACAGAUAAUGAAAUAACAUUAUCUGCCAUGGGUUGCUAGCUGCCGACCUUACUUGCAGUGGAUUUUAUUGUUUCUGAAUUCAAGUUCGAUUUUUUCUGAGGAACAUUGUUUUUAAAGUUGCAUGUAGACUAUUUGAAUUCUCACCCUGUACAUGGAACAGUUUUUAACAAACAAAUAAACAACCUCAGCAAAUAAAGCCUUCCUUGCAGGGCAGUUGAACUGGAUUGCAUUAUGUCACAUCAGAGCUCAUUUCACCCUGUAAGACUUCCCUCUCUGCAUGGUGCCCUAGACAGAAAAAAAGAUUUUAGCUGAACUGGACUUGGAAUGACUGUUCAUCAGAGUUGGAUGGUCCAGCCUGGGCUUUCAGAGGAGAGGAGACACUGAACUAAGAUGUCGCUCAAGGGUCCUCUGUGGCAAUGAAGGCAAUAUACAGUGUUGAGUGGGACAAUGACUGUACUAACUGUAUUCAGAUCUGUCUCUGCGUUACAUAAGCCAGAGCAGGAUAGAGCAGCUGAGGGGGUCGGUGCAGAAGCCACAGUACACUGGACAAAUAUAAUAACCACAAAGGCACCAAGGAUUGCAUGAAAGGAGCUGCAUUGAAUGAUCUGCUCUUCACAGGCCAAGAGCAGGAAGGGGAUCAUGUGUUGCAGCUUUCUUUUGCACCAGGACGAACUCUUAGAAAUGACUGUUACAGCCCAACCAGUGUUGAGGGAGUAUAUGACAGUAUCAAUGUUAUUGCCAUGUUGUUUUGACAGCCACUCACAUGCUCAUUACUUAAAGGGGAGAAAGUAUCUAACAGUCAGAAGAGGUGAUUUCCUUAUCCCCUGUGUUGUUAUGUAUCUUUCCCUCCUGUCUCCUUGCAAAAGUGACCUUUGAGCUUAUUAAAAAGGAUUGCUGAGACCAUCACAUCCACCCAGAGCAGCAGGAGAAAUCAAAUCAGCCCUAAAGGUUAACAGUCUAGAAACUCUGUUUAAUGGCAUGGCCUUUAGCUGCCAUCACAUCUGUUUUUUCAAGAAAGCUGUCCUCACUUUCUGAAAAUGUUUGUCCGCAGGAAACCACUCCGGAAAGAGGAGAACGGGACGAGUCGUGGGGAAUAUGCCAUGAGCAUCCGUAACAAGAAGGCCAUGGGCACAAACAACACUGUGGUAUAGACUGUACAUGCAGGAAGUGAAGUGACAUCACCAUUAACGUCUCUCACCCUCUACUGAAUACUACACCCCUUUCUCACCCAGAAUGCAACAGGGUUUCACCCUGAGGUUUUCAAAUAGGUAAACCUCCCCUCUUUUCUUGGCAUGUUGCCCGAACAUGAAGACACCGUUCAGCUCCAGACGGGCUGUAAAAGACGGAAGGAGAAAAAAAAAAUCAAAGCAGAGAAGACGGAGAGGAAAGAUCCACAAAGCCCCCAUGGUGUCCAAAGUGGCCCAGCAGGCUGAACAUUAUGCUCUUAGUAACAGCAAGUGUUGCUGACAGGCUGGUUGGCUGCUGGCUGGAGAGGGACUGUCUGCCAGUCUGCUGCAGAUCCAGACCUCACACACACACACAAACUCACAUACACUGUUGACAUCUGCAAGUGAACAAUACAGCCGCCCUGCUGUCCCCACAGGACAGCCCAUCACACCCAAUAAAUAACGUGCAUGCAGUUUUUACAAGAGAAUGCAACUUUUUUUAUACUCCAAUCCCCACACCGUCCAUCUUUUGUUUCUCCAUUUUCUGAGACAGAUGCUUUGUGAGAGGCAUGAUGUUACUGCCGCUCUCAGCUCUGACAUGUGGAUUCAUCUGACUAUGCAAUUUCAAGAAAUCCAUAUUUCAAAAGAAAGGAGGAGCAGCGACAUCAGCGGUGGACAUUGUGUUUUUUUUUUUACCAUGCCAAAAAUGCCAACCUAGACUUAUCUCAGUCUAACGUAUUCCAGUCAUUCACUGAUUUAUUUUUCCUCUAUUUAUUUACUGCCUUUGAAUUUAUUUUUUUACUUAAAUGAAAAAAAAACUGUCCAAUAAGUUCCACACAUCUUAACAAACCUUUGAACAUCCUGAUGAAUUCAUUUGAUUUCCUGAUAGCUCUGUUUUUUUAAGUGAAUAAUUUAUAAAACUUACAAUUCAUUUGUAAUGCUCUGAUGCUUUAAGCCUGCUGUCAGUUUGUUGAGACGCUGAUGCAGAAAACACGCUCGCUCUGCAAAGAGUUCUGCCAUCAGUUCUUUUGUCUCACCGUGUUUGAUAUGCUUCUCUCUGUUUUCCUGAGACUUGAGCUAAAACAUGGGGGGUCUCCAUGAUGUGCUAUGUGAAUGUUUUACUGAAUAUUAUUUUUGUCCUACAUCAUAUGCCAGAUUUCAUUCCAAAAUACCCCCUUAAAAAACAAAUGGAUCACAGUUGUUUGUUAUAAUUUGGUGGUUUCAGAGUCUUGGGAUCAGUUAGAUGCCUUCACCCAUGUUUUUUUUUGGGUUUGACAAUCUUCAUUUUUCUGUCUGUCAAGAAAGCUUAGCCCAUCGCUAUAGAAACAGGGGACCUGAGCCCAGAGCUGACCUUGUGACUGGUGAGAGACGGGAGACUUAGCCAAUAGCCAGAGAUCAGGUUGCACACAGAGGAAGGCCUCAGCAGGGAUGUGUGUGUGUGUAUGUGUGACUCAGUGCUGUCACAGGCAUCCUCCACAUCCCUGCUGGAAAAAAAAUACAACUGAGCUGAACUGGAGCAUCACUCAACAUUGCUCUGCUUCUUUUUCUUUUUUUUUUUUUUACAUUUAAUCUGUGUGUGUCUGUGCGUGCAUGUGUGAGAGUGUGUCUGUUUGUUUGUAGGUGAGCGUGCAUGCAGAUGAGUGUACUCAGAGAGAGUGGGCUGUACUCUGUGGCUGUCAGUUAAGUAUAGAUAUUGGCUAAACUGUGGAGAUUCAAGGGGAAAACACAUGCUUGCAUCUAAACAUGCACAGGUAUUAGCUUAAAGUAUACCCCACCAUGUACCUAUAUGAGAGAAAUGAUGGAUGCAUGAAUGUAAAUAUUGAUAUUUAAAGAUCUGCCUUCUGGACUGUUAAUUAAUGUACAGUGUAACAGAACAUAUGUUUAUACAUAGUUAAACAAUGUGCUACCAUUUAGAAUAAUGUCAAUGUUGUCAUGUUGAUGGAGCAAGCCAUUAAUGUAUAUAUGGCAAUCAAUAGUACAAAACACAAUUUAUGCAUUAUACCAAACAGAUAGAAAGAUGUGCAUAAGUUGAUCUCAUUGCUGAGUUUUUCAGUUGUAAAUAAAACUGUACAGAAUAAGAGAGCGACAGUCUAUUGUGUUUUAAGAAAUGCAACGCGCAGGUAUGACUCUGCUGCUGUUACGUAGACAAAGUUAUAAAAGUGAGACUGUUAAAUUUAGCCUGUGCCGUGUUGUGCCGUUCAUGUCUUGGGCUGUGCUGUGCUGUGCUGGCCAUGCCUCUCCUGAGCCUGCCUCCCUCCUGCAGCCGAGGACAUGUUCUCAUCAGUCUGUCUCACACAGUGCAUCUUUAAUGAAGUGCGAUUAUCAAGCGUAUUGCACUCCAUGGGCUUAAUGAUAGAUGAAGGAAAACUUAUAGGUUGCAUAUUGUGCAAUCUCUGGGCUCAAUCUGUAAUAAUGUCAGGAACAAACUGUGGAUGUAUGUGAGGGAUUUCUGCAGCUACAGCAAGAACACAAGUUUCUGUAAUAAAAUGUUACAGAAGAUAAAAGAAGAUAAUGAGUUCAAAAACCUCUGUUCAAGAGGCUCCACUGUUACACUGACUCGUAUAGACGUUUUCUCAUUUCUACUUUAAUUUGCAUUAACUGCAGUUAAUGAUGUGUAACAAACUAAAGGGGCAAACCUGUGCUGUAAAGGCUGAUGUAGAGGUGCACUGAAGAGGAAUGUCAAUGAAUUACAAUGUGAAUGAGCAACCAUAGAGGACUGUGCUUUCCCUGUUUUAGAUGUGCAGCUUGACGAUAAUGCCGAUGGACACUGUGAGCAAUUUAAACAUUCAUGCAUUGUCCAGCCAGGGCGCUGUGGAUCUCACUGUAAUAAAAGCAAUGUGACAGCACUA